AUGGAUGUGAAACUAGCUGAAAUUUAUCGUCAACUUCCAGAUGUUUACGGAGAAGACGUGGUGAAUGAAGGAAUGUCGAGUUUUCACGCUAGGUGUGUGAACAUGAGUCAGGCGGAUGUAGAUUGCUUGGAGGAGCUGAACUCAGUGUGGAGGUGUAACUCUUGCAACAACGAACGCAGGAAAAGCAUGAGGUUGGAGACGAGUGUGCAGGAUGGCAAACUUACACUUGAGGACGUGAUGAAGGUGCUUAAUGACAUCCGAGAGGACCAAAAAGCAACCAAGCAAGACUUCAACACUUCUUAUGAGGCUCUACAUGUCAAACUUGAGGAAAACGCUCAGUCACUUCAAAGCGCUUUACAGAAAAUAGAGGAGUUUUCGAAGAGAGUUGUCGAUUUGGAGUUGGAGAAUGGUAACUUAAAGAAAAAGGUUGAUGAACUGGAAAUCAGAGUGGAUGACAUGGAGCAGUACUCGCGGAGGAACUGUCUGGAGAUCCAAGGAAUUCCCGAAGAAAAAAAUGAAAAUGUUCUGGAUAUUGUCAAGGACGUUGGUCGCGCACUGGGCAUGGAUGUCAGCGAGGAGAUGAUAGACACUUGCCACAGAUUGGGCCAGAAAGACAGCGGUUAUAGAGGACCACGAGGUAUCAUCGUGAGGUUCGUCCGUCGUCUGGACAGGGAGGCGCUCCUGCAGAAGAGACGUGAGAGGAAGAAGGACUUUUCCACUCGUCACCUUAGUCUUGACAGGCCGUCGGACGUUCCCGUGUACUUGAACGAGUCUCUGUCACCGAUGAGGAGGAAGCUGCUGGCCAAGGCGAGGAUGCUCAAGAGGGACCGCGGCUACAAGUACAUCUGGCUGCGCAACGGCAACAUCCUGCUGCGUAAGGAAGAAGGAUCUGCUAGGAUCAAAAUUCCUGUGAUUGUCGCCAUCCGUAAAACUCAGUCAUGGAGUAAAAUGGGGGUGGUCAAGAAGCCAGUUCUUCAGCAAGUGACGAAACUGUUGAAUGCUUGCAGUCUUCAGCUCUGGAGGAAGGACAUUCCACAUUCUGGCACCUGCAUAGCUGGGUUUCUUCUCAGUCAUUGUGCGAUGGUGUGUAGGAAGGCUGUAAUUGGCUGA